AUGGAUAUAUCAGAUAUUAUUCAAUUAUCUGGUAUCCAGAAUGCAGAUACAAUAAGUGAAAAUGCCAUUUUACAAUUGCUGCUUGAUCGGUUUAAAAAUGAUCAGCCUUACACUCAGCUCGGAAAUAGCAAAAUAAUAGUCGUCAAUCCACUAAAACCGUUAGAGUUGCUGAAUAAUGCUACAUUGGAAGCCUAUGGACAACAUGGAUAUAAAGAUGCUUUGUCACAUCGAUAUGGAACUCCAGAACCCCAUGUAUAUGAAAUGGCAACCAGAGUCUACCUCUUAACGAGACGUCGUCCAGAAAAUCAUGCUAUUUUGCUAAGCGGAAUGUCAGGAUCAGGAAAAUCAACUACGCACUAUCAUUUACUUAAAGAAUUACUGUAUCUUUCGACGCAUACUCGAAAAGAAGAAAAGAUCCAACAAGAGAUUUUGGGAGUGCAUACAAUCUUAAGGUCCUUUGGUAUAGCCGCAUCUGCUCAUAAUGAAACGGCAUCCUGUUUAGGUCAAUUCCAAGUACUCCAAUUCAAUGAAAGAGGGAGAAUCAUAGGAAGUUCAGUCUCCAUUUUUUUACUAGACAAGCAUCGUAUUUCACGCCCUGAAUUGCAACAAUACGAUGCGUUUUAUCAAUUGGUCGCUGGCACCACACCUGAUGAAAAACAAGCACUUCAUAUGACACAUCAAAAUUUUCAUUAUCUGAACCAACAUCGAGACAUGCAACAGGAUGGCAUCAAUUUCGAAGAACUUAAAUUAGCAUUAGGUGUCUGUGGAUUCAAGACAAAGACGAUAGCUCAAAUGUGUCAAUUACUUGCUACUAUUUUACAUCUAGGCAACGUUCAGUUUGCCGAUGGCAGUAAAACUCCUUCAAAUGCAAACACUACAUUGGUCUCAAACACGUCUAUUGGAAACAAUGGAAACAAUGGCAAAGAAUCCUGUCGUAUUAAAAACAAGGACACAUUGGUUCUUGUCGCUGCUGCACUAGGUAUCGCAGUCGACCGAUUAGAAACUGCCUUGACACAUAAAUUGAAGCUAGUUGAUAAUGAGUUUUGUACAGCCUUCAUGACAAAGGAAGCUGCUAUUCAACAACGUGAUGCUUUGGCCCAUACAUUGUAUACAGCUCUGGUUUUAUGGAUCACAAGCGUUUUGAAUCAAAAAAUGAAUGCUGCUCUUGAUGAAAGCAAAACAGUUCGAACAAUAAGUAUUCUAGAUGUAACAGGAUUUCAUCUUUCUAUCACCAUGCAGCAUCAAGCUAAUUUCUAUGACCUUUGUGCAAACUAUAUUUCGGAACAACUUCGUGCUUAUAUCUUUGAUCGACAAAUCAAUACAAACACAGUAACCAAUGCAGACUAUGUUAAAGACGGUGUUUGGAGAUAUGCUGUUCCAUCACAAAUCAAGUCCAUUAAUCCGUCUCUGGAAUUCUAUCAUGGCACAAACAAGAAUCGUUUUGCGCUUAUUCCUCUCCUUAACCAGGAAUCAAAGCGGCUUGAGAAAUACGCUACUGAUGCUACUGACAAGCGCUUGCUUUCUACACUUUUCCAAAACAAAAACGAGAACCAAAGUAGUAGUGAUUAUAUUGCUUUAAUGGAUCCUUCUGCUCCGUCAUCUAGCUUUGUGAUUCAACAUUUUGAUUGUCUGGUAGACAUUCAUUAUUCUGUAGACGGUUUUUUAGAGUCCAAUAUCGAUGCUAUUUCACCUGAUUUUAUCGACUUGUUCAAGCAUCAUUGUACUAAUGAUUUCGUUCAUGACUUGUUUGAUACGAAAGCCUUGACGGGCUGGGUUACGGAUACACAUUCUCGUGAUAAAGAAACAGUAACCAAAGCACAACUUCCUAUCUGGCCUGGUUUCUUUAAAUCGCUUGACACACAACAUAUAUCACAAGAGCUCGAAAGAAAUAAAUCAAAACGAAAGAAAAAGAUAACAAGUAUCACAAGUAAUACGCAAACAGUCAUGGAUCAAUUGGUAUAUGGUAUGGAGAGGCUUAAAAAGACAUUGAAUGGUUGCAAGCUUCUUGAAAUCAUUCAUGUCUGCCCCAACAAUAUGCAGAAAUCAGACUUUUUUGAUUUGGACUUUGUUGGGCAACAGAUCAAAGUACUUCAGGUUUCGGAAAUGGCAACUCAGAUUGCUCAUUUGGACACUCUCUUAGACUAUACGCCAAAACAGUUGGUUCUUCGUUAUCAGUCGUUAAUUCGUUUACCUAAAUUUGAUUUGGAUGAACUAUUUGAAGAUGAGGAUGAAUAUGAGCAGUCCUUGAUAGCUAGAGAUUGGAUUGCACAAUGGAUCAAGCAAAUGCAGUGGAAUGAUAAACAGAUCAGGUUUGGUCAGUCGCGUGUUUGGCUUUCAUUUGAUCUUUGGCGAAACUUAGAGAACCAAGCUCGGUCAAUGGAAAAGGAAACUCGAUUGACUGAAAAACAAAAAGUGGCUCCUCCUUCUACAAUUGAUCUCGAUCAAGAAUUAAAUGAAGAAGAAUACAUCGCUGCUCAAAGAGAAGCAGCCAGAAUCAGGACAAACGAACGAGCCAUGUUAAAUGAUCCUUGGUAUACAAAAAUACAUGAAGAUGAUUUAAUGUCAGAUAUGACACUUGAAGACAGUUAUUCAGAAACAGCAACGCAUACGGAUCCUUAUUAUAGUAGAAGAAGCGAUUGGGGAUUGGAUUCUAUAAAACUGGCAGAAGGAUUUGGACCUAAUUUAGAUAUGAGUAAGAUGAUGGAAAACUAUAGCGUACAAGCUGAUGUGCAAGUUGAAGAAGUCAGUAUCACUGGUAUUCGUCGAUGGUGGUCUCGUUUUGUUUUACUCAUGACAUGGUGGGCUCCUUCUUUUACCCUUAAGCAUCUCGGAAAAAUGUCGCGUCAAGAUAUCCAGAUGGCUUGGCGAGAAAAAGUGACCUUAUGUCUAUUGAUCUUUUUGUUUUCUGCUGCUAUCAUUUUCUUCAUUGUGGGAUUAAGUCCUGUUGUUUGUCCUGGCACAGACACGCUGUAUACAUCAGAGGACGUGUUCACUCAUCAAGCUAUGGAUAACUUUUGGAUCUCUGUUCGCGGAAAAGUAUAUGAUGCUACUAGUUUUGUUUCCACAGAUCAUGGCACACCAGUUCAUAUGGGAUCAAAACUGAAUAUGAAUAUCUUGGCUGGACAUGAUUUAUCUUAUACGUUUCCUCCGCCCUUAUCUAUUGCAUGUACUGGUCUUGUAUCUGAUCCUGCUCUUUCUAUUGUACCCAAUGAAACGAUUGCGCUUGGUCCCUUUAUUCAUGUAUCAGGUCCUCAACAACUAGAAGCAGGCCUGGAUAAACUCAAAGAUCCUUACUGGCUCAACAAGUAUUUUGGUUCAACCAUGGCCUUGUAUAGAAAAGGUGAUAUUGUGAUUUCGAUGAAGCAAAUCAAAGAUGAUUUUGUAGGCUGGGGACGCUUGAUUGCUACUAUUGAUGACCGAGUGUACGAUAUUACGGAUUAUAUGAAUACAGCACGUCGAUACCCAGUGGAUGUGCCUGGUGUACCUAACUAUCACUUUUUGGACCCUUCUGUUGAGGCUUUGUUUACCAAGUUUGGAGGCAAAGACGUGACAGCCGAAUGGAACAAAUAUAGUCGUGCCAUGACGGAAGAAGUGCGCAGAAGAAACAAGGCUUGUCUUGACAAUGUGUUUUAUAUUGGACGAGUGGAUUAUCGUGACACUUUGCGUUGUACUUUUGUCAAUUACUUGUUACUGAGUUUUGCUAUUGUCAUGUCAGUUGUGAUUUUAGUCAAGUUUUUAGCAGCAUUGCAGUUUGGAAGUAGUCCAACUCCAGAUGACCAUGAUCGAUUUGUGAUAUGCCAAGUACCUUGUUAUACAGAAGACGAAGACUCGCUGAGGAAGACAAUUGACUCUUUAGCAGCCAUGUCGUAUGAUGACAAGCACAAGCUACUGUUCUUAAUUGCAGAUGGUAUGAUUAUCGGUAGUGGCAAUGAUAAGCCCACGCCACGUAUCUUGCUUGAUAUUCUAGGCCAUGACAAAGAAGAUGACUCUGAGGCAUUCAUGUUUAAAUCUAUUGGUGAAGGCUCAAAGCAACUAAAUUAUGGCAAAGUCUAUUCUGGCUUGUACGAAUAUGAAGGUCAUGUUGUUCCUUAUGUCGUGAUUGUAAAAGUGGGCAAGUCAAGCGAAAAGAACAAACCUGGCAAUCGAGGCAAACGAGACUCCCAAAUUAUCUGUAUGAACUUUUUAAAUAAGGUUCAUUUCGAUGCUGAGAUGACUCCUCUUGAACUGGAAGUAUACUAUCAUAUCAAGCAUGUUAUUGGUAUUGAUCCUGGCCUCUAUGAGUACAUAUUGAUGGUAGAUUCUGAUACUGAAGUUUAUUCUGACUCGCUGAACCGGCUGGUAUCUUGUAUGCUUCAUGAUAGUCGUAUUAUUGGAUUAUGCGGUGAGACUGAACUAGGUAAUGAAGAUCGCUCAUGGAUUACAAUGAUUCAAGUCUAUGAGUACUAUAUUUCGCAUCAUCUUGUCAAGUCAUUUGAGUCUCUGUUUGGAUCUGUUACUUGUUUGCCUGGUUGUUUCUGCAUGUAUCGUAUUCGAACAGCUACCAAUCAUCAGCCUUUGAUUGUCUCUCAUAGUGUCAUUCAAGCUUAUUCAGACAAUCAAGUUGAUACGUUGCACAAAAAGAACUUGUUACACUUGGGUGAAGAUCGAUAUCUGACAACACUUAUGAUGAAGAACUUUCCCCAGUACAAAAUGAUAUUUACGCCCUAUGCUAAAUGUAAGACAGUGGCUCCUGAUAAAUGGCGCGUUUUGCUUUCACAACGUAGACGUUGGAUUAAUUCAACCAUUCAUAACUUGCUGGAGCUUAUUUUGUUACAAGAACUGUGUGGUUUUUGCUGUCUCUCGAUGCGAUUUGUUGUCUUGACAGACUUGAUCGGUACAAUUACCUUGCCUUCUUCUGUUAUUUACUUGAUGUAUUUGAUUUACGAGGUAAUUUCAGGCUCUGGACCUGUGCCAACCAUUGCCCUUGGUAUGCUAGCUGGCGCAUAUGGUCUUCAAUCCUUUAUUUUCAUUCUUAAACGACAAUGGCAACAUGUGGGAUGGAUGAUUAUUUACAUUAUUGCCAUCCCUAUUUUCAGUUUUUUUAUUCCCUUGUAUGCUUUCUGGCACUUUGAUGACUUUUCUUGGGGUAAUACACGUGUGGUAGUGGGUGAUAAAAAGAAGCAAAUCAUCACAACAGACGACGAAAAGUUUGACGAGAGCAUCAUUCCGCUCAAGAAAUGGUCUGUUUAUGAACAAGAAAUGUGGGAGACCAGAACCUUAAAAUCUCAUGUCACUCGAUCAAGCUCUUCUGUAUAUUCGUAUGAUGAUCUGCAAAGCACAAAUGGAUCUCGUAGAUACAACUAUUCUUAUCAAAAGUAUUACCCUCGAGAAGGCUCCUACGAUGGUCGAACACUCAUCAGUCACCCAAGUGCUAUAACAAGCAAUCCGCAUUAUACUAAAUACCCCAACUUUGUAGACGACGAAUCACUUGGGGUUUCUUUUGAUUUAUCGUCGGUCAUGAGAAGUAGAACAUCGUCAAGAAGUGAAUUCAGAAAAGAAAGUGACACUCCAGAACAAAGAGUAUUGGUGAUACCCGAAAAUGAGGAUAUUGAAAGAGAAAUACGCAACAUUCUAAGCAGUGAGAAUUUAAUGACAUUAACAAAGAAACAAGUCCGGGAUCAAUUAUCUACAAGAUUUGGCGUAGAUUUGACUAUAAAGAAAGGGUUUAUAAACGCAACAAUUGAAAGAUUGCUAGAGCAAUACAACAUUUAA